AUGUGUCUAGCGUUUGUCGUGGUUGCUAUAAUGACUGAUUCAAAUAUAUCAAAAAACGAUUUUUCAGACAUUUGCCAUAGUUUAGGCAUGUCAACCGAAGGAAAUAAAGCAGACCUUGUGCAGAGGUUAAAGGAAUUUCAAGCGUAUGGACACUAUGAGAAAAGUGUGGAUGAAAUGAGACCCAUAAAUAAUAAGUUGCAAGAGGAUGCCGAUGUUGAAUCGGUAAUAUCUGAUUAUCAUACCGAAAAUAUUGAAGUACAAAACCCUGAAACACAAAGGUUGCGAGAAUUGCUUAGAAAAGCAAACUAUCCAUCCAAUGAUAUGUCAUCAUCGUUCCUCUCGCAAGAUACAGAGGAAACAUCUGACCACCCACUGCAAACAAGCAAGCAUCGAAAAAACAGAAGUUGCAGACUAAGGAGGAAGACCCCGACUCAAUGUUUGAGAAAGUCCUGA